AAAGAAUCCACAGCUCAUCCAUCCAUCAACAAGAACUCAGACAGAAACAUGCAUUUGUCUCUGAUUCCCCUCUGCGGUCUCCUCCUCAUCUUAAACCUGCAGCAGUCCAGCACAUAUCCCGUCAGCACGGGCUUGUCUGACACUGACAUGGACAUCUUGAAGGUGCUGCUCCACAGACUACAGGAGUCCGUUUCCGAGCAGACUGAGGUGGACCAGAGAGUGCCUGCAGAGCAGGAUGGCCUGGACAGUCUGCAUGUAGAGGGGGUGGGAGCAGAUGGAUGGCAACCCCAAAGUGGACUGGAUGAGGCAGCGAUUAGGGAAUAUUUCUCAGCCAAGAACCUGAAGAACGUCCGCAACGACUCGUCCAGGAGAUCCUCUGGCUGCUUUGGUCGACGGAUGGACAGAAUAGGCUCCAUGAGCUCUCUGGGGUGCAACACUGUUGGCAGAAGUUCAAAGUAAAGAUGAAGUCUUACAUCUACAUUCUGGAACUACAAUGCCUCUUCCAAAGGAUAUUUUCAUCUGAAUGCUAUUUAUUUACUAAUAUUUAUUGAACAUUUUUUUGUGGUUUUGAAGUAUAUUUACUUAAAUUGGACGCAAGAUUGCCCUGUAUUAUGAAUGUUUUAAUAAAUGUUUAC